GGGUCUCGAGUCUGGCUGCGAGAAAAUAAUCAGCAUUAUCCCAGUACUGUUCAUUCCUGUGCAGAAGGAGUCGUCGUAUUCAGGACAGACUAUGGUCAGGUAUUCACUUACAAACAGAGCACAAUCACACACCAAAAAGUAACGCCUAUGCAUCAAACAAGCACAGAGAGCGUGGAAGACAUGGCAGCACUUGUAGAUCUCCAUGAAGGCUCCAUUAUGCACAACUUAUUCCAGCGCUAUCAGCAAGAUAAAAUCUAUACCUACAUUGGUUCGAUCGUUGCCUCUGUGAACCCUUACAAGAGCAUCCCGGGACUGUAUGACCGCGCCGCCGUGGAGCGAUACAGCAAGCACCACAUGGGAGAGAUUCCACCUCAUAUCUUCGCUGUGGCCAACGAGUGCUACCGCUGCCUUUGGAAGCGCCACGACAACCAGUGCAUCCUCAUCAG